UCGAUCUUUGACAGUCCAAUACUAGAAGAAAGUGUUGUGAAAACUUAAGAAAUUUUUGUCUACCUCAAGUUUAAUUCGAGAAAAAUUAAACUGCUUUAAAAGAUUCUCAAUGUCGUAUCGUGUACACUGUUACUCCGUGCAAAAAUAUAAUGGCCGUAGCACUGUCCGAGGAUGAAACAAUCCUCGUAGUUCCUUCUUCACUGUCCUUCAUUUCGUGCACCAGUUUAUUAUCGAAAAGCCAACGUCUUCUACUAGGCCUACUUCUGCUUCUUUUUGUCGAUGUUAUUUGGGUGCUUUCAUCAGAACUGACAAAAUAUAUUUUUCAAAAUGCAGAAUAUGACAAACCCUUCUUUACUACUUAUUUCAAAACAAGUUUCUUCAUGAUUUAUUUGACUGGGUUUAUUUUUGCCAAGUCCUGGAGAGAACAGUGUUUUGGACACACAUAUGAGUACCAGCAUUUAAAGCAAGAUGUGAUAGAAGACCCAGAAGAUCCCUCUUCAGUGCUUAGUGGACCUACAUUCGUUCCCAUGAAAACUGACGAAGAAUCUGGUCAGCCAGCAUCAAUUCUCGAAAGUACUGAAGAGAGCACCUCAAGAUCGGUUCGAUUCAACGGAGUCGUAGAGGUCCGUGAGCUAUCACCCAACGAAGCUGUUGACGCUUUAAUGGCUCGCUUGUCGUAUUCCGCCUCAAUCCGGGCAGAAGUUGCAACCCGUCGGUGCGCAGAAAAACUCUCCUCUUUGGAGACUAUGAAAGUUGCCGCUACGUUUUCAUUAUUGUGGUUUUUAGGUAAUUAUAGCUACCAAGCGGCAUUGUCCCACACAGAAGCUGGCCUCGUGAAUGUGCUUUCGUCAAGUAGCAGUCUGUUUACUUUAAUGCUUGCUGCUUGCCUACCGUCGGGUUCGAGUGAUAGGUUUACACUCACAAAGCUCAUCGCAGUUGUUUUCAGUAUUGCUGGAGUUGUACUGGUUAGCUUGUCGGAUUUAAAGGUAGAGCAGUCUAUUCCUGUGGGUGCAGGAUGGGCCUUAGCUGGCUCCAUGUGCUAUGCCGCCUACCUGGUGCUAUUAAAACGUCGUGUUGACCACGAAGAUAAAAUGAGCAUUCCAAUGUUUUUCGGCUUCGUUGGACUUAUAAACACUAUAGUGAUGUGGCCAUCCUUCUUCAUCCUUCAUGCUACCAAACUGGAAAUAUUUGUAUGGCCAACACAGCAGCAGUGGUUGUACAUUGCCCUAAACGGACUUAUUGGCACCGUUCUCUCGGAGUUCCUAUGGCUAUGGGGCUGCUUUCUGACGUCAUCGCUUAUUGCCACAUUGGCCAUGAGUCUGACAAUUCCUCUGUCAAUGCUGGCUGAUGUGGCCGUCAAGCAUGUUUCCUAUCCAUUCCUAUUCUAUAUCGGCUCCAUUCCAAUGUUCCUCAGUUUCUUUGCCGUCACAUUACUGUCUCACUGGGAAGAGUGGGACCCAGUUGCUCAGAUACUCAACCGCAUCGUUGAUUCUUGCCGUUCACGCAAUAGAAAUCGGUUUAUGAGCGACAGUGACGACGGAGAACAGCGCGAAUCCCUAAUAGAGCAACCUGAAUCGUCUUCAGAAUAGUGACAUUCCACGCUUCUUCCGCUUGACCCGUUAUCAAGCAACCUAGUCAAUUCUCGCCAUCCAUUUGUUAUGCUCACGCAUUUGAAUCGUUUGUCCCAAUGACCUACCUUCGAUAAGAGAUGUAUAGAUAUUCUCGACUGGCACGUUCCCAUUGGGCAUCAUUGUUCGGUUGCUUAAAUGAAAAACACUGGACAAGUAUCCCGAUGAUACAUUGUGACUAACUACGUUGUUUCAUAUAUUAUAGCAUGGUCUGUGUUUGGCACAUGAAGAAAUCACAGUCCUCUAAGCGA